AUGACUUCAUCAGUCGCCAUUGGCAGAGAGUUCGAACAGAAGAACGUAGAUUUAUUAAAGGCGAAAAAUGUGCAGUGGAAAGGACCGGCUCUUCGUGGACGGUUCUUCCCAGUUUCCGAAAUCCCAAAUUCGGUGAUGCCCUGGGGG